AUGGGUGAGGAUAGCGAGGCAUUUAUUCGCCCCUCCAUACAACAGGGAAGUGUGGACGAUGAGGAAGGGUUUGAUGACAAGAACCAUCAGCACGACCCCAGCACGAUUCGCAAGUUGGAGCUCUUGCGCGGUGUGCACGAGUUUUGGAACGCACAGGACCGUCGUGAGUGUUCCAUGCUCCACGAGGGCGACACCGCCGGCGAGUCUGCCCCGCUUGCACUCAAAAUUGCCACGACUUUGGCGCAGCAAAGCGAAGACAGUUGCGUGGAGACGUCGGCUUGUCAUGCCCUCGAGGGGUAUUUGCGUGGUUUUUCCUUUCUGGUGUACAACAAGAAUGCUGCGGAUGCUCCACAGACAGUGUUGGGCAGUGUGCUGAUGCGUUCUAUUCUUGAGCACCGCGUGUACAAUGCGACAUAUGUACCAGGCCUUAGUGGAUCGCUUUCUCCCUCGAAGCGGAUAGACGGCUUUUUCGCACUGCUUGGAGAACUUAUUCGCUACCACCACGGCAACCUCACGCUGCUGCAGAGCUACGUGACGGGUGCAGUGAGUCUUCUUCAUCUCAAUAACCCCUACGCUUCAUCUUCCUUGCGCGCUCAUCUACCGCAUGCGGCCUCAGAGCAUGUAGAGCAGUUGCUGCGGCGGCCUCCAUUGGAUAGGGGGGAGCAUGAACCAUUUGCGAAGGUGCUACUUCGGCGCAUGCAUCGUCAUGGGUGUGAUACAAAUCUGUUCUUGCGCAGCCUGCUGCUUUCAUUGACCCCUGGUCUCCGUUCCAAGGUAAACUAUGUCUGGAAACCUGUAACCUCGUCCACAGUUGACGUGAGGGCGUCCUUGGACGGCGUCGCCCGCAUCGGAGACGUCGUGACGGGUCACCCAGAUCGCCUAAAUUACAUUGGAAGGCAUUCGAGACGUUUCGUUGAGAUUCUCAGCGAGAGGCGGCAAUCGGCAAAGAAAAACCCCUGCGAGACCGGUGUCGUAGCAGCAGGGUAUGCUGCUUCUGCUUCUUCCUCCUCUGCACCCCCGUUUACCUCUUCUGCGGCUUCUACACUGUCAUUGUGGGACAUGCUGCAGAUACUAUUGCGUUCGCCGCAUCGUCUUGCGCUGGAGGAGCGGCCGUUUCCGUGCUUCUUUGACGACAAUGAUCGGGCCCUUGUUAUGGGUGAUGUCGACCUGCCGCCCAUUGGUCCCCCACCGCAAUUUGUGGUGCCACUCUUCCCUGAGCAGGCAGCUGACGGUGAGGGCGAUGAAAGCCUCAGCUCACUUGCGGAGCUUGAGCGGGCGCUACUCCAGGAGCCACACAAGCUGGUGUACAGCAUGCUGGGCCCACUGAAUGCGGAGGGAAUUCAGAACGCCGGACGUCUCUGCGUUGUCACGACAUGUGUGUUGGUCUUCGUUCGUGCCGCCCGCUUGGGUGGGGCGGCCGCUGUGCAAGAAAUACUGGGGAAGCUAAGGACACUGGCGACGAUAAGUUAUGCGAAGUGGAAGGAGCAACGAAAUGCCCCGAAUCACUGCGCCAAGAGGUGGAGUCGUCGUGGGAAGCUCCUGCGAGGUUGCACGAGUCGGCUUCCUAGAGAGGGUUCUUGCUACUGUACGGCAAAUGAUGAAUCGGCGCGCUGCUCAGCCUUUCGGGUGCAUGGCCACUGCGCCCCUAUGAGCGCCAGCGAGGCGUAUUACCACCGCUACGGAGGUUGCUUCUUUCGUAACAUGUUUCGCCUCCUGUGUGUGUGGAUUGGACACUACGGUGCUUGCCAGCGGUACGUGGAGACGAUUUACUACUGCACGGAGGUACCAUUCGCGGAGACAAAGUCCGUUGUGUUGUACAUCAUGCGCCUGCUCCCGGACUACUUCUUGCAGUGA